AUGAUUAUGUUUUUGAUGCUUCAGGUUACAGGCCUAGGUAGCAGGAAAGGAAAUAAACUGCCACAGAAAAAAUUAUUUUCUAUUACUGGAAGGCGGGAUAUAUCUAAUCCUGCAUUUUGGUGGAUAGAUGAUCAUGGAUAUGAAAAGAAAUUUAACUUUCAAGAUUUGUCAGCAGAAUCCAAAAGGGUUGCUGAUUUGUUAACUAAAUUAGGAUUAAAGAAAGGUGAUAAGUUAUUGGUGAUUUUACCUCGGCUACCUGAAUGGUGGUUUAUUAAUUUAGCAUGUAUUAGAACAGGAAUCAUUAUUAGUCCCUGUACAACUUUAUUACGAGCCAAUGAUAUACAGAAAAGAUUGUUAUCUUCUAAAGCUAAAUGUAUCAUAGCUGAUGAUCCGUCUUCAAUUACAGUUGACCAGGUAUUAGGUGACUGUCCUGAACUAAAGAACAAGUUAUUAAUCUCUUCAUCAGAAAAUGGCACUGACGACAGGAAAGGUUGGCUGAAUUUUAAGCAUUUAUUAAAACAUUGUGAUGGAAAUUUCGAGAAUAUUAAAACUUUAUCAGAUGACGCUAUGAUGUUAUUUUUUACCAGUGGAACUACUGGCUUUCCAAAAAUGGUGGAACAUACACAUGCUACAUAUGGCAUCGGUCAUAAGCUAACCGCAGAUUAUUUUUUGAGAGUAACAGAUAAAGAUGUUAUAUGGAAUAUGUCAGAUACUGGUUGGGCUAAAUGCGCCUGGAGUAGUUUAUUUGCACCCUGGAAUAAUGGAGCAUGCGUAUUCGUUCAUCAUACGGCGAGAUUUGAUCCAAAGGCAAUGCUCCACAAUUUAUGCCAGUAUCCAAUAACGCAUCUGUGUACUGCACCAACGGCCUAUAGAUCAUUAGUUAAAUUACCAUUAAGUCACUAUAAGUUUCAAGCUCUAAAGUACAGCUUUGGUGCUGGUGAGCCAGUGAACCCAGAGUUAAAGACAGAAUGGUUUGACGGGACAGGUUUAGACUUAUACGAAGGUUAUGGACAAACAGAAACGACGUUCAUCUGUGGAACUAAUUAUCCGGAAGUAAAAUCAAGAGAUGGAUCAAUGGGAAAACCUCCACCAGGAAUAGACCUCCAGAUUGUAGAUGACAAUGGUCAAGUAUUAGAUCCCGGUACAGAAGGCAAUAUAGCUGUAAGAUGUAAACCUAAUAAACCUGUUGGACUUUUCACAUGUUAUCUUAAUGAUAAAGAGAGAACAGAUUUUGUGUUCAAAGGAGAUUUUUAUUUAACUGGUGAUAGAGGUCAAAUGGACGGAGACGGUUAUUUUUAUUUUGUUGGCCGAGCUGAUGAUGUCAUACUAUCGGCAGGAUAUCGUAUCGGUCCUUUCGAAGUAGAGAGUGCACUACUAGAACAUCCUUCAGUGUUAGAGUCGGCUGUUGUAAGUAGUCCAGAUAAAGAGAGAGGGGAGGUUGUUAAAGCGUUUAUCAUUCUUACUGAGGAUUAUAAACAAAACGAUCUAACAGAUCUUAUAACAGAAUUACAGAAUUACGUCAAGUCAACAACAGCACCAUAUAAAUAUCCCAGAAAGAUUGAAUUUGUGGAGACUCUUCCAAAAACUGUCAGUGGUAAAAUUCGUCGUAUUGAAUUAAGAAAUAAUGAAUGGAAACACCACAGACAAGCAAGUAGUUAA